GUCAGGGUGACCGUCGAUCGGAAAGACCGGGACACCUUCGUCAAGCACUUCAAGAUGGCAUAUGACAUCGUGCUGGCGGAGCCUGAGUGCGCGUACCUCUUCGUUGGCGAGACUGUUCAAGAGCCAGGCGUUUUCCACUGGACAGCAGGCUGGACAAAA